AUGAUACACAACAAUCAAGAUCCAGAAGAAAACUUUCGUGAUUUCAUAAACAAUAUUUGGAGUCUAUCAAAACUUACUCAUUGUUAUUUAGAUAUUCAAUAUCCAUAUGCAACAUGGCUUCUUGAAAUGUCAAUAAUUUCUCAAUCUGUCAAAUAUUUAUCAACUAAAAAUAUUUCUUAUAGUUCAUAUAGUCUAUUACAUUUAUUUAAACAUACACCAUAUCUUCAACGACUUUAUAUAGGUAGUAUUGGUCAAUGUUAUGAUCAACACAUACAAACUAUAGUUCCAUCACUUAUUUCAUUGAGUAUGACCGCUCAAUUUACAUUACAAUGGAUGAAAAAUCUUUUUCAACAAAUACCAAAUUUAUGUUAUUUAACACUUGAAAUAAAUAAUAUUUAUUUAGAUGGACAAGAAUGGGAGAAGAUUCUUAGCAAUUAUUUUCAUAAUAUUAAAAUUUUUCGUCUUAAAAUGACAAUUGAAUUUUCUCCUUUGGAAAAUAUAGAAGAACAAGUCGAUCAAUUAAUUGAUUCAUUUCGAAGUUAUUAUUGGAUUGAAAAACAUCAUUGGUUUGUCCGAUGUGAUUGGUGUCCAAUGGAUAUAAAUCAGACUGGUCUUCUUUAUACAUUACCUUAUGCUUUUGAUACAUUUUAUUAUAUAGAUGGUAGUCAAUCGAAAUCAACUAAUCCGAAUAACUUCAAUUAUUCAUUUCGUAAUCAAUCGAAAAUACUUCAUUAUACUACUAAUCAUAAAAGAGAUUAUUCCAAAAAUAAGAUUCUUUAUCCUAUUCAAUUUUUCAAUAUUCGUCAUCUUAAAAUUAAACUUCCAUUCAAUGAUACAUUCUUGUCACUUAUUCCAAAACUAGAUCAAUUGAUUUCACUUGAUGUAACAUUAAAUAAUCGAGACUUAGGUUAUUCUCAAUUACAAACAUUACUUGAUCGAGCAUCACAUCUCUAUUCCUUGCGUUUUUGUCAUUUGAAUAAUUUCUCAAUGACAUCAUUCAAUAUUACAAGUACAUCAAUUCGUCGACUUGAAUUUUUUCAACAUUUCGAAGUUCGUUUACGAUAUUUUAACAGUAAAGAAUGUACUAUUUUGGCUAAUUCAUCACUUGCUUUUCAAUGUGAAGUUCUUAUGAUUGAUGUUGAAAGUCGAACAAAUAUUCUUGAACUUAUCAAUAUAAUGCCCAGUCUUCGAGCGUUAAGUGUUCGUUGCAAAGAUAAUGAAAGUAAUCAAAAUGAAACAUUCGAAACAAAUGAUAAUUUAAUCGAAUGGUUACAUCAACAUUUACCAUCGAAAUAUACAUAUUCAAUCAAUCGAAAUGUAUAUAACAUUGCUCGUAUUAAUGUAUGGAUUUAUAAAGCAUCAUAA